GCGGAUUCAAGUUCUAUUGAAACACUACUUUACCCCACAACAGUUCGGAUCCUAUAGGUAAGUUCGUUAAAAGAAUCGAAAGCGGCGGUAAAUUCAACUGCGACACAGCAAUGGACUCCAACACACAGAAUCCAGGCAGCGCGUUAACUGACACGCGCUUCUCCGACCUGAAGCCGCCUCUCUCUGAACCGGUUCUCGAAGCAUUAUCGCAAGCUGGCUUUAAAUUCUGUACUCCUGUCCAAGCCGCCACUAUCCCCCUGCUAUGCAGUUUCAAGGACGUAGCCGUCGACGCCGCCACCGGCUCUGGAAAAACCCUAGCUUUCCUUAUCCCUAUUGUAGAGAUUCUGCGUCGAUCCUCGUCUUCUCCUCCCAAACGUCACCAGGUAAUGGGGAUAAUUAUAUCACCUACGAGGGAGCUUUCGUCGCAAAUAUAUAAUGUAGCACAGCCUUUCAUUUCUACCUUGCCCAAUGUAAAGUCUAUGCUUCUUGUUGGAGGUGUUGAGGUGAAAGCGGAUGUGAAGAAAAUCGAGGAGGAAGGAGCCAAUCUACUGAUUGGCACGCCUGGUAGACUGUAUGACAUAAUGGACCGGAUGGAUGUCUUGGAUUUUCGUAACCUUGAGAUUUUGAUUUUAGAUGAGGCUGAUAGGCUUCUAGAUAUGGGAUUCCAGAAGCAGAUAAACUAUAUAAUAUCUCGCUUGCCAAAGCUUCGUAGAACUGGUCUUUUUUCAGCUACUCAAACAGAGGCAGUUGAAGAGCUCUCUAAAGCGGGAUUGAGGAAUCCAGUGAGGGUUGAAGUUAGAGCUGAGACGAAGUCACUGAGUAAUUCAGUUUCAUCUGAGCAAUUAGCCUCAUCGAAAACACCUUCAGGCCUUCACCUUGAGUAUUUGGAAUGUGAAGCAGAUAAGAAAGCAUCACAGCUUGUUGAUCUCCUUGUAAAGACCAAAUCUAAAAAAGUUAUAGUAUAUUUCAUGACUUGUGCUUGUGUUGAUUACUGGGGAGUUGUUCUUCCAUGUCUCAAUGCUUUGAAGGGAUUCUCAUUAAUUGCUUUACAUGGAAAGAUGAAGCAGACUGCCAGGGAGAAAGCAUUAGCUUCAUUUACCUCUCUUUCAAGUGGCAUUCUUCUAUGUACUGAUGUUGCAGCACGUGGACUUGACAUUCCUGGUGUUGAUUGUAUAGUACAGUAUGAUCCCCCUCAAGAUCCAAAUGUAUUUGUUCACAGAGUUGGGAGAACUGCUCGUUUGGGUAGACAAGGAAGUGCCAUUGUUUUCCUAUUUCCUAAGGAGGAAGCUUAUAUAGAAUUUUUGCGCAUAAGAAGGGUUCCUCUUCAAGAAAGGAAAUGCAUAGAUGAUGUUGCUGAUGUUGUUCCUCAGAUACGGUCUGCUGCAUUGAAAGACCGUGAUGUGAUGGAGAAAGGGCUUAGAGCAUUUGUUUCCUUUAUUCGUGCCUACAAAGAGCAUCACUGCUCUUAUAUUUUCAGAUGGAAAGAACUUGAAAUUGGAAAGUUAGGUACAGGAUAUGGUCUAUUGCAGCUCCCUUCUAUGCCUGAGGUAAAGCACCAUUCGCUUUCCACUGAGGGUUUCACUCCAGUUGAGAACAUCAAUAUGGAUGAUAUCAAGUUUAAGGAUAAAUCUCGUGAGAAACAGAGGAAGAAAAAUUUACAAACAAAGAAAGAACGAGAGCAACAAGAAUCAAAACCUGAGAAGCCCAAAAAGGCCACAAACGCUGCCGCCUCUGUCAUGAGGAAGAAAACUGCUAAACAGAGACGUGCUGCCCAAACCAUUGAAGAUGAAGAGGAAUUGACCCGGGAAUAUCGGCUAUUGAAGAAACUAAAAAAGGGGGCUAUUGAUGAAACUGAGUUUGCAAAGUUGACAGGAGCUGAAGAUUUAGUUUGAACUUUCAAGUAUGUAGUUUUGCAGGGUUUGACUUGCCCUUUCCCUUUCUGAAGGAAGAGCUUGAAGCUUACGAUCGUUACUUUUUCUAGAAGACCAAUUCUUUACAGCUCUUUUAACAAUGCAUUUUCUGGGAAAGUACAGUUUUGGUGCUCAAGUGAUGGAAAGUAGUCGCGCAGCAUAUUGAUAUGUCUGAAUUUAUAUAAUUGUUCCAAUCUCUGAAUUUUGUUUAUUUCACAUUUGAUUUUGUUGAUUCAGUCACUACAACUAUUGUAAUGUGUAUGUUAGGGCACCAGAUUUAUACAUUUGAUUUUAGAGUGUUAGUGAUUAAAAAAAUAGAAGCAGAAAGAGUUUUACUUUUA